GACGGACCACCACCGCCGCCGCCGCCGCCGCCACCGCUGUCAUACCGCGCCGGCAACACCAACAGCAGUGGUCGCCAGUCGGCAGUCACGCACCGCAACAGGAGCGGCGCGCACCGACUAGACGCACUUGCACGCAGCGCGUAAGCACGCACCAACCGUCCCGGGGUACCCGAGACGUCUUCCGAGCGCAUCAGGCGAUCGCAUUCGAUCAGAUUUGUACCGAGACGACGCUCGUCGUAGAAUAAUAUAAACAUUAAAUUAUAUCGAUAUCAUCUGAACGGUACGGCGAGGUCGCGAUGACCGAUUAUGCUCAGGCUUCGGCGGCCGACCCGUCGUGGACGUGGUGGAUGACCACGGCUGCGGCGGCCGUCCGCUUGCGUAACCUCCAGCAGCAGCAGCAGCAACAGCACCACCACCACCACAAUCACCACCACGGAGACGGAAGCGGCAGCAGCGACGUGGACGACGAAUACGCCGGGCCCGGCGGCAAGCGACAGCGGAUCGGCGACGUCGUCAACAAUAAGGACGAGUAUUGGCCUUUCGAGCGAAACGACGGCGGCGGACUGCUGCAGCUGCGACACCGGCUAGAGCCGAACGACGCGGCGUCCGCGGGCCCGCUGGACUUGUCCGUGAAAGCCACUCUGACGACGGCCACGGCCACGACGACUGCGCGCGUGGUGGGCAAACGCGCCGGAUCCGACGGAUAUCCGGCGACCACGACGGAAAACGGCCCCGGCCGCGACGGGGCGAACCGCGGUAAGUCGUCGAAAAACGCGGCCGGCGGCGGCGCGUCGGCCUCGACGACGGCGGUAAAAGCGGCCACGCGAAAACUGCUGCCACAGCUCAUGCUCGACCGGCACGUGGACAGGUCGUCGCCGGUAUCCGGCACGAUCAUCGUACCGGCCGGUCCCGAAGAACCGAUGGCCGGCGCCCGGAAACGGCUGCCGUCGUCCUCGCCGUCCCUGUCGUCGUCGUCGUCGCUGUCGUCGCCCCCGUACUCGGCACCGGCCGACUGUGGCGGCGGCGGUGCACAGGACGGCGACCCGCGGGACGAGGAAUACGACGGUGGCGACAUCGACCCCGAGUUCAACGUGGUCGUGGCCACCGACGAGGCUCGUCGCCAGAUCGAGAGCAUCCCAAACGCGCUGGGCCCGUACCGGUGCCGGCUGUGCGGCGUCCGGUACGUCGACGCCUUCGCGCUGGCCCGUCACCGGUGUCGGUGCAUCGUGCACGUCCGGUACACGUGUCCCGAGUGCGACAAGGUGUUUCAGUGUCCGGCCAACUUAGCGUCGCACCGUCGGUGGCACGGCACCGGAACCGCGGUGAAAACGACCGGCGCCGGUAAGAACUGCAAGACCGGCGACAGCAACGCCGGCAAACUGGUUAACAUCGCUCCCCACGUCGCCGCCGCUUCUGAUAUCGUCAGCGACAUAGCCGCCAUCGACGUCAACGACGGUGACGACGGUGGCAACGUAAUAGCGGCGCCAAUGACGUCCGCCUCGGGAUUUAAGAAGAACAUAUUACAGCGGGCUGCGGCUGCUGCUGCCGCCGCCGCCGGCAACGACAACAACAACAACGACGGCGACAACAAUGACAACGACAAGAAGUGCAACGACAUCGCCAAAUGAGCGACUGCCGCGUCGCAGUUAUAGGUAUAUGAUAUUCAUUUAAAUUGCAUAAUAUAAUUGGUAGGUAAGCACAUUGAUAAUUUUACUGUUGGUUAGUAAUAAACAGCACAUGGGAACUUUUAAACAUCACAAUUGACGCCGUCUACCCGCGCGCUCGCCCAACGUCGUCGCGCCAAGGGUUAUACCUAAGUAGUUUUACACCACACGUUUUUAUUCAAAAAAGUAAAUUCUGUUUAAAUAGUUCGAAUGCAAUAAACCUCAGUUUUGCGUAUUUUUAUCGGUUCAAAAUUAUACUUUUUGAUACAAUUACUAACCUACAUACUCUGUACACCCAGUAUAGUCAUAUAACAAAAUUCUAGUCAAAAAACCUAAUAAUUCUAGUCAUAAAUAAUAAAAUAUAUGUAUGCGAUGUGUAUGAAAAUAAUUCUAGUCAUAUACGCGCGUGUACUCAUAUAUAAUAUUUAAUUAACGAUUUAAUGAUAAGAAAAAUAAUAUUAAUACCAUAUAAUACUAGAUAUUUAAGUCUAACACUUUGUUAGUGCCUUAGCGUAAUAUUAACAGUCUAGUCCAACUAGUAUAUAUUGUCUAGUCAUUGUAAUUUUUUACAAAAAUAAACUUAAUUCUAGUCUUUUAUAAAGCCUACCUUUCUCAUAUUAAAUUCCAUUCACGCAAUCAAUCAUCAUCUAGUACCUCCUCCCCAUCAUCUAUUUCACUAAACAAUCCUUUUCCUACUUAUAUUUUCCUACUAUAUUUUUAAGUGUUUUUUUUCUAUUCAUAAUGAACUUAAGCCUAAACUUCCUCGUGGAAAAUAAGUCUUCGCAUGUCGCUCGGCAGUGACGGGCAUUCAAGUCGCCUGCACAACCACUGCGGCACUACAGUAUUAUAUAUAAUGACAAAAUACAUAAUUUUAACUCAGUUCGAAUCCGUCACCACUGACUUAUAUGCGACAGACUCUGGGACAUAAUGUGUCAGUAUUUAUAUUAUAAAUUAAGUAUACCAACGACAAUGUUGUAUUGUUAUAUUAUUUUUAUAUGUUUAUGGAAUUAACUGUUAUUUAUAUUUUAUAAUUUAUACAUAUAUAUAUAUAGGUAAGUGUGAUAGUUGUCGAUGAUUGUCAAUAUAUGAGUUUAGGUGUAUAUAGUUUCAUAUUGACUAAAUUACGCCACUGUCACACUUCACGUUUAAUAUAGGUACAUUAUCAUUAUGUGUAUAGGUAGUAUAUAUAAAUAUUUAUUCAUUAAUUAUAAAUGUUACUAUAAAAAAAAACCGCCAUCAUACGGCAUGAGUAUAUUCUAGUCAUUUUUCCCCAGAUAUUAUAUAUUCAGACCAAUACCUAUAUAAAAUAUAGGCACGUCUUAUAUCCUUUCUCUCCCAAAUAAAUUUAAAUUAUAUUAUAAGAUUAUAUGUUUUGUAUAUAUUAUUUUAUUUUAAGCAGUAAAAAAAAAUAUCUAUGUUCAAUCGAAUAAAUUUAGACCAUGUAUAGUUUAAAGAAGUUAAAAUAAACUCUAGUCAAAGUAGUCAGUAGAAAUGUAGUUGAAAUACAAUCUAGUCAAGAGCAUAAAAUAUUUAGUCUAAAAGUUGAUCUAGUCAAGCAUAGUCAAUAAAAUAAACCUAAAUACCUACUGUAUUUUAAUAUAGUCAAGUCGAAAUAAAAUCUAGUCAAGCAUUGUGGGUUAUACAGGAGAUUUAAUAUUCUUAUGUAGUAUGUACUGUGUAUAAGUAUAGGUACAUUGGUUAUAUAGCUGAAACAUAAUCUAGUCAAGUCAGAAUCCAGCUUAGUCAAAAUAAAGUCUAGUCGAGAGGGUUUUAUACUACAUAGUUGACAAACCAUGAAUCAUAGUAAUAAUAUAAUAUGAUAUCGUAUAUGCAAUGGAAAUAUUAACCAAAUAUAUUUACCUCCAAGCAAAAUCGUCAAAUACAUGUGUUUAAGGGUAUUCGUAUUUUUAAUUUUAUAGUUAAUAAAUCUGAGUGAAUAUUUUAAAAUAAAUAUUAUUUACAGUAAUUGUAUCAAUAAGUCUAAAUACAUAGGUAUGUAGACGUGUGUGGUAAAUAAAAAAAUACGCGGCAGUCAUGAAUGAUAAAUAUGUGUACAAAAAAAUAAAUAAUAAUAAUAACAUUUAAAUAACCAACAAUAAUAUCAAUGUGUCUACUUACAAUCUAGUAAUAAUCAAUAUGUACACUUACGAAUACCAUGCUAUAUUAUGCAUGAAAUAUGUCUUUAACAACAAAAUGUAUUAAUUACUAUUUAUUGUAAUGUUUUAUAGACUUUAUUACUAUAAAAAU